CACGAAUGGGGUCACCUGAAAGAGAGGCUGAGUGCCUACCUGUAUUGGCUGUUAAUUGUCCACACCUUUAUUUUUCCGCCACUCCCUUUUUUCAUCUUACGCUGUUAAGUCCCUCCUUCCUCCCAGCACUCCGUCAAAGACACUGCGAGCUUAGUGCUCCCUUCGCUCGUGCUCCAUUACCCGGGACCCGUCUUACUUUAAGUCCCGGUCACACUUAUUACACACUAUAAUUUAGCUUAGUUUUUUUUUUUUUUUUUUUUUCGUUAAUUUUUUUUUUUUUGUUGUUGUGUAUCUUCUCCCCCCGUCACUUGAAAUUCCGCCUGGGGAAACAGGGAGUACUGCUACUGUGUCACCUCCUCCUCCCGAGCUGCAUUUAAAGUGUCAAGCCAUGCUGCUGCCUUCAUCACUCCUGCUCCUGCUCGGCGUCCUCACCUGGACUCCCAGUGCAACAUGGGCCGGUAAAGUGAUCGUCGUCCCGCCCAUCAUGUUUGAAUCGCACCUCUACAUCUUCAAAACCCUGGCCACAGCUCUACACCAGGAGGGCCACGAGACCCAUUUUCUAGUUUCGGAGGGCCGUGAGGUGCCGCCUUCUCCCCACUACCAUCUGCAGCGCUAUCCAGGGAUCUUUAACAGCACCACGGCUGACAACUUCCUCCAAUCCAAAGUCACCAACAUCUUCUCAGGCCGCCUCACCUUUCUGGAGCUGUUUGACAUUCUUGACCACUACUCUCAGAACUGCGACGCUGUCGUUGGCAGCGUUGAAGUGAUGAACCGCCUGAAAGAGGCCAAGUUCGACCUGUUGCUAGUGGACCCUAAUGAAAUGUGUGGUUUUGUGAUCGCUCACAUCCUGGGUGUGAAAUAUGCUGUGUUCAGUACCGGCUUGUGGUAUCCUGCUGAGGUGGGAGCUCCUGCCCCGCUAUCGUAUGUACCCGAAUUCAACUCAUUGCUGACAGACCGCAUGUCCUUGAUGCAGAGGAUCGCAAACACUGCUGUUUACCUGGUGCAGCGCUUUGGAGUCCAUUACAUUGCUUUGCCCAAGUAUGACCGGAUUAUGAAGAAACAUGGAGUAAAGCCUCAAGUGGCCAUGGCCGACCUGGUGCAGGGCAGCCGACUGUGGAUGCUGUGCACUGACAUGGCUCUGGAGUUCCCCAGGCCCACCCUGCCACACGUGGUGUACAUCGGGGGCAUUCUCACCAAACCUCCCAACCCACUGCCACAGGAAUUCGAGACGUGGGUGAACGACACAGCGGAGCACGGCUUCGUGGUCGUGUCGUUUGGAGCCGGAGUGAAGUACCUUUCUCAAGAAAUUGCCCACAAACUGGCAGCAGCACUCGGCAGGCUGCCCCAGCGCGUCAUCUGGAGAUUCUCCGGUGUUCCUCCCACUAACCUUGGCAACAACACUAAGCUUGUUGACUGGAUGCCUCAGAAUGACUUAUUAGGCCAUGCUAACACGAGAGCCUUUCUGAGCCACGGGGGCUUGAACAGCAUAUACGAGGCCAUGUAUCACGGGGUUCCUGUGGUAGGUGUUCCCCUGUUCGGAGACCACUAUGACACUAUGACUCGCGUGGCUGCGAAAGGUAUGGGUAUCAUGCUACACUGGAAAUACAUGUCCGAGGAAGACCUCUACGUUGCCCUGACCAGCGUCAUCAAAGACACCAGAUACCGCCAACAAGCACGUCUUCUCUCCAACAUUCACAAAGAUCAACCAGGCCACCCCGUGUCCAGGGCCGUCUAUUGGAUUGGCUACAUCCUCCGUCACAAUGGUGCAAACCACCUGCGCUCAGCUGUAUAUGAGGUGUACCCCUACCAGUACUUCCUGCUGGAUGUAAUUGUUACUGUAGCGGCUGCCUUGGCCCUAACAGUCUUUGCCCUGCGGCGGCUGGUACGACUGCUGAAGGGGAAGGUCGGGGACCACGGCCGGGAUGGUAACAUCAGAGAUGACGGUAACAUGGCUAACGGACAUUGCCACAGCGAGAGCGUGGCUAACGGAAAACACAAACGCAAUGGCUCCUUGAAAAAUGAAAAGAAGAUAAAUUAAUGUUUUGAAUAGCAAAGGGGGCCGAGGAAGACGUUGCCCUAAGGACUCAGCUCUAGGUUUGGUUCAAUGUUUGUAUGAAAGCUCGGGAGGAAAGCUGUUCUUAGGUCUGCGUCAAAAGGCAACUGCUACUCAGAGCAACGGGCUGUAGGAGGAUAUGCAAUGUGUCGUGUGGGGACAGAGCGAUGCAUCGGGUGCUCAAAAAUCUGUGUGUUUGUGUGUUUGUGGGUGAAUGUGUAUGUGUGCAAUGAGGCAAAUUUAACAAGAACUCUUAACAGCAGCAGCAGCUACAGCAAUACAAAACUAAAUUGGGAAGUCUAUGAGGAUGAAACACAGGAAAGACACGCCGGAGGACGUUGGUUCCACACGUGCACCUUCUCUGCUGCAUGUUCUCUGUUGUCUUCCUGCCUUUCUUACCAGUGGAUGGAUGAAGAAGAGGGGAAAUCCUGAGCGCCAACCCCUCAUCCUCGGAACAAAACAAAUAAGUAAAAAAAAACAGCUUUUGAAAUCUUUAGAAUUUAACGUUUUUAACUGCACUCUUCAAGUGUCCGGUAAAACUGUAAAUAGAGGAUGAGUCUAUUUAUUACUGUACAAAUGCAUUUUAAAGAUGGACCUUUUUAACCUGUCUUAUUUUUAAUUUAUUUCAUAUAUUAGUAGUUUUAGGGCAUUAUUGCAGAUACACUCCCUACUCUCAAGCUCCAAUCUUCACAAUGUUGUGUCCUUCAUAUUGGUGAAACAAGCAAAGCUAAAAACAGAUCGGUGCUUUCUGCGCAUGCAUUAUCCACAGUAUUCACUGUGGUGUUCAGGCUGAUCUCGACUAUUUUCCCUUUUCACAUGGUUGUGCCAACUUGUGACUGCACUCCAGCCGUGCAGUGUUCCCAUUGUCUCUUGACUCACCUUUGUUCUGCGAGAGAAUAACUCUACUGAACUCUGUUUGGCUUAUCCGUGUGAAAGGGUGAUCAUGUUGCUUUAAAAGAUUAUUAAUGAUAACUACUUAGGAUACUGUGGAUAGGCAAAAGCCAGAUCAGAAAUGUGCUCGAGCUCAUCCAUUCAGGUGAUCAGGGAUGAGCCGGUGCAUUAUUGAUUCACGAUUACUUGCUUCAUCAGUUCCAGAUCUAAAUUCUGCAUCUUUCAUCUCUUCAUCACUUAGAGAAAAGAAAACAUUCAGUACUUGAUUGUCAUUUUCACUGCUACACUUGACUUUGUACAUCAUUUGCCUUAUAAUUUAAUUGCUUGAUAAUAAAUGUAUUAAUUCUAACAUGUGUUGCAAAUGCUAGUUUUGAAUUAUACUGUUCAGAUCGGGAUGCUUCACUUCCUUUCUGGAAGUCUGUUUGGUUUUGUUGUUGAGUUUCAUGCACAAACUAGGCAGACUUUAUAUAAUUAUAUUAAUUCUGAGUGUGAUUGAUUCACAUUCUGUUCGUGGCCUUUUAUAAUGAAAAUGUACGUGUAUGAUUGAACGCCAGUGUGUAUGCGUGCUUGUCGUUUCAAUGCUUUAGACCAUUCUACACCAUUAGACGGAGUGUGAGUGGGUGAAACAAAGCAGAAGAGGUACGUCACUGUUUUUGUGCUGUCUUUAGUUAAUUCAUGUAUAUGCCCAAAGAAUUCUUUCUCGUCUUUUCUUUCAGUGAGAUAGGUGUUGCCUACAGUGGCGUCUUUGUCGUCAUUAUUUUAGUCUUUUUGUUUUUGGCCAGCAUUAAGCUGCCAUGUCUGUUCAUUUUAAAUGCAGACGGAGGAUGGGUCUAAGAAGUAGAAGAAGAAGAAACGAAAGCUGAACCCUGCAGCUACUUUAACAGUGAAUAGUAGUGUGUCAAAGUGACACUGAUCCCUGCAGUGAAAUUCUCUUUUCGUAAAACCCUGUCGACGAGAUCAAAGUAUAAUUUGAGCUGGUAGAGUGUCUUUGGGGGGAUUCAGUAUCUUGCUAAUGGAUAUUUCACAACGGCAGGUGCACAUGAAAAUCUCAUGAACGUGAGACCUCCAGUUGGAUGAUUUAUCGAACCACCACGUCACACAUACUGUAUUUUCUGUCACUCUUUUUUUUUUCUUUUUCUUUUGUUUUUUUGCAGCACAAACUUGACAUCUACUUUUUAAGGUCAAAUUGCAACAGCAUUUUUGGACUAUUUACCAACUUAACAACACCUCACACACAAGCAGAAGCAGCAAUGUAAAUGUGAAGGGCACAGGAGAAAUGUUCGGUUAACCACUCAAAGUUGUUGAGAAACUUAACACCUAGCCAACAUGUUCAGAGGUUCUUUAUACUAACUAACUGAGAAAUGUUUCAGGAUCUUCCUUUCCCUGUGAGCUACGGUUAUAUGUGCACGGCCCAAACCAGCCCCGCUGAGAACAGACUGUUGUACUUGAAUUGUAAUCAUCUUAUUCAGUAUCAUAUCUGGGCAGUAGGUGGGCCUGCAGAUGCUACAUAAGCUAUGAACAGGGUCUGAAGAGAAGAAGAAAAUGUUUGUGAAGAUGUAUCUUUGUUUUUUUUUUAAUUUAUUUUUUCAGUAUUAAUUUCACAGCCCACAUAAAUACUGAUCCUUUAACUCCUUCAGUACAUAUAGUCUCAGUCUCUGUUCUUGUGAUGUUUGUAUAUCAUCCGCUUAAGUAUGUCGUUAUGUCUUCAAUAGUGCGCUGGCCUGUUACUUGUGUCCUCUUGCUCUUUACAUCCUGGUGUACUCGACCGUCUUUGUCCUCCCAUGCAAAUAUCAGCUCACCUUGCUUACUUACUUUGUUUAAAUAUUGUUUUACUUUCAUUUUAAAAUGACAUGAAGUCCUCACAUUUUCUGUCGUGUGUCUCUGUUGUAAAUAGAAUGUAAACAAAAUACUAAUGCUGAAUAAAAAUUGCAUAUUUUGUUUGCAGAAAAGAAACUG